GCGGCCAUGUGCCCGCCGGUCAGCGCGCGGUACGGGGGCGAGGGCCUGUCCUACCUCCACGCGUCCUGGGUGUACCAGCUCCAACACGGCGGCCGGCUGGGGGUGUGCUUCGCCUGCUUCCGGGCUGCCUUCCUGGAGCUCAGAGACUUGCUGGAGUUGGAAGACUGGGAAGACGAAGACUGGGACCCCGAGCUGCUGGAGCACAGCGAGGCGGGGCCCGAGGCGGGGCCCGAGCCGGGGGCAUCCCCGGGGAUGGGGCUCGGCUGGGGGCAGGGCCACGGCCACCCCGCGCAGGGGGCGACUGCGGACUGGGGGCCAGGCGCCCUGGCGGCGGCCCCUGCGGGGUCUGAGGAGGUGGGCCUGGACCACCACUGGGUGCCCACCGAGCUGGAGCCUCAGGACGCAGCUCCCCUGGGCCUGGGUCCUGAGGAUGCUGACUGGACCCAGAGCCUGCCCUGGAGACUCGGCGGGCCCCCCACCUGCUCGCACUGGCCGAGCCUCCCUGCUCCACCGGGGGAGCCCAUGGUGCUGGAGCUGGGCAGCACCGGGGCGGUGGACCCCGCCGAGGCUGAGGCCUGGCUGAGGGACCUGCAGGUCAUCUCCGUGGUGGGCUGCUACGAUGCCGUCUACGUCCGCAAGAUGACAGUCGGACGGGCCCUGAGGACCCCGGGCCAGGGCUGGGAGCUGCUGCUGGAGCCCGACGAGGUGGUGAGGCUGCAAGACGCGCCCCAGGAGCAGUGGAAGCUGAGCCUGCUGGAGUCCCUUGCUCCGGGGCAGAGCGGAGAGCUGGUCCCUGCGGUCUCAGCCCUGCUGAAGAGGGGAUUCAGCAUCCUCUCCUACUCACCCUGGGCCGCGAGGGAGGCAGGGGAGGGGGCCUCCGCAUCCAGGCCGCAGCCCUCAUCCUCCUGGGGACAGGGAUCCCAGCACCACUGAGACCUGCAGCCACGCGCCCAGUGGGUCCAGGGGGCCUGGGGAGGGCCCGGCUGCCACGGGAGCCUCGGCCCUGGGGGAGCUGCCCUGUUCCCAGCCCUUCAGCCCGGGGCCCCAGAACCGAGGGACCGAGGCCCAAGUGGCCCCCACUGUCCUGGCUGCCCCCUCCCCACAACAGCCAGGGGAGCGACUGGCAAAGAGCAGGGGACUAGUGCCCGGGGAGGGAGAAUGGGCAGCUGCCUAGGGACUGAGAGCGGGGACCCGUCACUGCCUCCGUGGAAGGGACCCAAAGGCCUGGCACCGGGAGAGACGUUCUUCUCCGUCAGACGUCACGGAGCCAGGAAUGCGACGCUCUCUGGGCCGGGGUCGGUGAACGGUUGCCGCGCAGCUUGGGAAGUGGGCUGCGGCACACGCGUCUGUGCACCAGCCCUGCCCCGGCCGCACGCAGGGACGUGUCCCGUGGGGCCCGUAUCCCGGGAGCACGUGGGGGUGGGGGCAACGGGGACGUGUGCUUGCCUUUGCGUGGUCUCUGGGGCCCCAUGGGACCCUGUCAGCCGCAGUGGGGACUCUGGUCUGCGCGGGGAGAGACCUAGUUUCAAAUGUUGGCCAGUUUAUGCAGUUGGACCGUUUAGUACCCGUUUGUUUGUGUGUUGUUUUUUAACUGAAUAAAGUCAUAAGUUUUGAA